UGACAAUCUGUGUUGACGUAAAACGUCACGUCAUACGUCACGCGAAUGCCAGCCCCAGACUGCUGGCAGUGGAAAUUUCGCAGCAAAAAUUGUGAAGUCGUGGAAGUGUCAAGGGCGUUCGGUGUGAGCGCGGGCUCGAAGUGGUCGGGCAAUGCGGCGGUGGGCGCGCGGCUGGCGGGCCGGCUGAUACAGCCAUGUCGGGCGAGUAUGCGCUCGUGAGCGAGAGCGAGCACGACGAGCCCAUCGAGCUGCCGUGCGAGGAGGACGGUUCGCUGCUGCUUAGCACACUCGCCGCGCAGUUCGCGGGCGCCAGCGGGCUGAAGUACCGCUGCGGCGGGCGGCUCCGCGGAUUGCGGCUGACGGACGGCGCGCUGCGGCCGCCGCCGGACGGCUGGGCGGCGCACCGCUACUUCUGCGCUUUCCCGCGGCGCUCGCCGCCCUUGUCGCCGACGCCGCGGCCGCGCCCUUCCGACCUCAUCGUGCUCGGCCUGCCGUGGCGCACCAGCGAGGAUGCCGUGCGGGACUACUUCGCCUCGUUCGGCGAGCUGCUGAUGGUGCAGGUGAAGCGGGACGCGCGCACCGGUCUCUCGAAGGGUUUCGGCUUCAUCAAGUUUGCCGAACACGAGGCUCAGGUGCGCGCGCUGAGCCGCCGGCACAUGAUAGACGGGCGCUGGUGCGAUGUACGCAUCCCCAACAGCAAAGAGGCGGGUGCCGCGCAGCGUAAGGUGUUCGUCGGCCGCUGCACGGAGGCCCUUACCGCAGACGACCUGCGCGAGUACUUUGCGGCGUUCGGACAGGUGACGGACGUGUUCGUGCCCAAACCCUUCCGCGCGUUCAGUUUCGUAACGUUCCUGGAUCCCGAGGUGGCGCAGUCACUGUGCGGACAGGACCAUAUUAUCAAGGGCGUGUCGGUGAACAUCUCGACGGCGUCGCCGAAGCGCGCGGGCGCGGCGAGCGCGGGCGGCGCCGGGCCGGGCGGUGGCGGCAGCGGCGGCCGCUGGGGGCUGGAGCGCGGCGCGCGGCUGCUGGGCUGGGCGGCGUGCGGGGACUGGGGCCUGCCGCAGCAGCAGCCGCACGCGCCGCUCGCGCACGCGCCUCAAGACAAGCCUUAUCUCAAGUACGAGUGACUAUGUUGUGUACAUACUGACCCCAUCCUUCUUGUUGAUCGCUGUCAAAUUUUAUAUGAGAAUAAAUGUGUAAAUAAUAUAAUUAUAUAGUAUGAGGUUGUCU